GUCUUAAGGAGGGAUUUGGUCAAUCAGAGUUUCAGACUAACAGAGAGACUCGACGAAGAGGGAAUUAGGAGGGAGCUAACAUGCUAACCCGGGAGAGUUUACCGGGGAAAAGACGGUGAAAAUGAGUCUUUGUGAGGGGGGGACCAGCCGCAGAGACUGAUGGGAAACUGAGGAGAAAGUUUUUAACUUGUUUUAACAGUCUCCGUUUACCUGGCUGUUAGCCCGCUAACGGCUAACCCCAGCGGCUAACAGUUUAAAAAGUUUUCUGGAGGUCGGUGUUUGAGGCGAGUAGGCCAGGAAUUAGACGGAUCCAUGACGGUGGAGGGAGUACGACACUCCCCGAUCCUGUCCGCCCUGUUCGGCAUGAGUGAGGAGCAAAGCGAGCUGCUGGGAGCCGCUCCGUUCAUUAAAGGUACUAAUUAUACUACACACUCCUAAUAAACACCCACUCACUGAAAUACACACUCAAACACAACACUGCUAUUAACUACUACACACCUAGUAAACACCCACUCACUGAAAUACACACUCAGAUGCAACACUGCUGUUAACAUUAAAGGUACGAAUAAUAAUACUACAGAGCUAAUAAACACACACUCACUGAAAUACACACUCAAACACAACAGUAUUAUAAACUUAACAUUAAAGGAGUUAUUUUAAGGAUUAAAAUAGUUUUACCAGAGCACAAUUUACUUCUUUUAAAAGUACAAAUUCAGAAUCAGAAAUACUUUAAUAAUCUCCAGGAGGAACUAGCUUUUGUCACAGUAACUCCAGUGUAAAUAAAGUAGAAAGAGGAGAUAAAUAAUAGAUAAAAUAAGUCAAAAUAAAGAGAUAAUAUUCAAGUAUGUACACGAAAUACGACACAAAAUAUAAAUAUUCAGACACUUAUACACGAUUAAAAACCAGAAAUGUUUUAAUACACUCAAACCAACUGUUCAACUGUCUCAUUAGCAGUACAAAUACGCACAGUAAUACACAACUAUGUACUUAAGUACACACUGUCAUACAUGCUGAAAUACAACAGUGCUGUAAACUGGUUUAACUUAACAUUAAAGGAGUUAUUUUAAGGAUUAAAAUAGUUAUACCAGAGCACAGUUUACUUCUUUUAAAAGAACAAAUUCAGAAUCAGAAAUACUUUAAUAAUCUCCAGGAGGAAACUGCUUUUGUCACAGUAACUCCAGUGUAAAUAAAGUAGAAAGAGGAGAUAAAAUAAUAGAUAAAAUAAGUAAAAAUAAAGAGAUGAUAUACAAGUAUGUACACGAAAUACGACACAAAAUAUAAAUAUUCAGACACUUAUACACGAUUAAAAACCAGAAAUGUUUUAAUACACUCAAACCAACUGUUCAACUGUCUCAUUAGCAGUACAAAUACGCACAGUAAUACACAACUAUGUACUUAAGUACACACUGUAAUACAUGCUGAAAUACAACAGUGCUGUAAACUGGUUUAACUUAACAUUAAAGGAGUUAUUUUAAGGAUUAAAAUAGUUAUACCAGAGCACAAUUUACUUCUUUUAAAAGAACAAAUUCAGAAUCAGAAAUACUUUAAUAAUCUCCAGGAGGAACUAGCUUUUGUCACAGUAACUCCAGUGUAAAUAAAGUAGAAAGAGGAGAUAAAUAAUAGAUAAAAUAAGUAAAAAUAAAGAGAUGAUACACAAGUAUGUACACGAAAUACGACACAAAAUAUAAAUGUUCAGACACUCAUACACGAUUAAAAAACAGAAAUGUUUUAAUGCACACUCAAACAAACUGUUUAACUGUCAUACUCAACUCAUUCGAAGUACAAAUACGCACAGUAAUACACAACUACAUAGGGGAGACCGGGGCUUGUUGUCACACUUUUUACUCUCUCGUAUAUUUCUCAGAAUCAAUCCAUCAGAUAUAAACAAAAUGUGAACCAGACUGAAGAGCAAACUGUCAGGUUUAUAUUUCAUAGUCAUGUCAUUUUCAUAUCUUGUAUCAGUGCAGAGUUAUAACCAAUCAGAUAGAGAGUGUGAUCAUGUGACGGGGUAAGAUGUCACUGGAUUUUAGAGCGAAUAAAACAAGAACAAAAUUAUUGUUGUUCUUAUUUUUUUACUUGAAAGUGAAAAUUAAAGUCAGACACAGAAAAUGUUUAUCACUGAGUUAAAGAAAAAGUCAUUGAACAACGUUAAUAUAAAAUAUUAUCAACCUGCUCUGGAGUUUGGAGAUCUGUCUGACUCUGUCUCUGACGAGAAGAGUUUUGGUUCAGUCCAGAAAAAGCUGAUAUUUGUUUGUUUUUGUGUUUCUGAUGUUUGUUUAUCUUUAAAUGUGAGUUCUUGAAAAAUCCAGUUUUAAAGCUCCAGUUUGUACCUUUUAUUUCACUGGAGCGCUCGAUCCAGGUCCAGGUUUUAGAUUCUCUAACCUGUCCCUCUUUGUGUCUCUGACAGACCGUCUGUACUUCGCCACGUUACGCAGCAAACCCAAAAGCACCGCCAACACACACUACUUCUGCACCGACGAUGAGUUCAUCUACGAGAAGUAAGUCCAGCUCAGAGACCGAACCUUAAGACUAAGACAUGAGACCAGGAUCAGGAUCGAGUCUGAGUCCUGAUCCAGUCCAGGGAUAAAAACAGUUUAAAGAAAUAUGUGUAACUAACCUGCUGCCUGUCAUGGCUGUCCUCGUGUAAAAUCAGCUGAUCAGCAGGAAACAGGAUGAGUUCAGGUCUCACUAUAUGUGUGUGUGUGUGUGUGUGUGUGUCUGUGUGCGUGUGUUUGUGUGUGUGUCAGUUUCUAUGCAGACUUUGGUCCUCUCAACCUCGCCAUGCUGUACAGAUACUGCUGCAAACUCAACAAGAAGCUGAAGGUGAGGCUCUGCUCACUCUGUCACACACCUGGACCAGGGUGAACCCACUCUGGGUCCAGUACUUACCUCUGUAACUCGGAUCAUCUCGUCGCAGCACAACACACCACACCUGGUUUUGAUCCUCGAUGCUGUGAUUCAGAUCAUUAAGUUUAAAUGAAUAAAUGCGAUAAUUAAAAUCACACACAGUGAGGCAGCACAUCAGUGCAGACCUGCUGCUGGUGAUCGGUGGAAACAAUAAUAAGGUUUAUGAUUAACAAUGUGCUUUAUACAGUCAAACACACAAAUACAGGAAAAGAAAAUGCAUGACAAGUGACAAAUGUACCAGGAUAUCACAACAAUAAAAAGGUGAGAAAACACAGAAACGAUCAAUUAGCAAAUGACACUAGAUAUUAAGGUGUGUUUUAAAGAGUUUUUGAUCAAAAGUAGUUCAGGGGGAAGAGAGUUUCAUAAUUUCGGGGCCGCUAUUGAAAAGGCACGACCCCCCCUACUCUUUAAAAAUCUGAAACAGGAACCUCCAACAGGGGUUGUCAGUGGACCGGAGGGCUCUACAGUGUCGUCUUAGUGUUAUACAGUCGGACAGAUACUCUGGAACAAGACCGUGGAUAACUUUAAAAACAAACAUUAAAAAAUGAUCCUGAAUUUAACUGGGAGUCAGUGUAGGGAGAGAAGAAUGAUAGUGAUGUGACUGUGAUGGGGGUGUCCAAGAGGCAGCAGGUAGAGGGAGAAGAGAAUAGGGCCGAGAAUGGACCCCUGUGGGACCCCACAUGAGAGGGGUUUGUGACGUUUGUUAUUUAUUGUUGUACUGAAGUUUAUUUCCGUCUAUUAAUCCAGAACAGACAUCAGAGUCCGUCCUCCUGUGAGGUUUACAGACCUCUGACUGUUCAGGUGACCUGUGUCGUGGAUCGUUCAUGUUCUGUUCCCUUUGACUUGGUUAAUCCUCCAUCUGCCAGUUCUGGAGUCACCUUCUCCCCUUAGACUGGUCUUAGACGUGUUCCUCUGCUGCUUUUGCUGAGCAGACAGAUCCCUGUUCAGAUUGUCUCUGUCCUGUGAUGUGUUCAGGCUCAGGGCCUCACCUGGUUCAGUCAGAGUGAACAGGUGAACGUUUGGAUGUUUGAGCUCAAACGCUCCUCUGGUGAGUUUUGUUUGUCUCCUGUUGCCGUAGCGAUGACAUUCCUUCAAUGGACUGUUGUCAUUCGUCAAGGUUACUGAUUGACUGGACGGUCUGGAUUCACUCCCUGAUACCAGGUCCUGUUCAGACUCUUCACAUGUGACUACAGAGCGUACCUGUCCAGGUUUAAAACACCUGAGACACAAAGCAUGAUGGGAGUUAGGACUGUUUGUAUCUCUAAACAAAUGAACAAACAGAGGUGUGUAAAUAAAACAACCUCACGGUGAGCUGUGAUUGGUGGAGACAUGUGCUGCUCAGUUUCACCUGAGUGAUGUCACCUGCGCAGGUAAACCUGCUGUGCAGCUCCGUCUGUUCUGUCACAGUCAGACUCUGAGAGCAGAACAGGUGAGGACAGGUGAGACAGAGAGAAACUGUGACCCUGUUCAUCAUCACUCUGUCGGUGGAUGGAGGAGGAGGACAGGUGAGCCGCACACAGGUGUGUCUCUCCACAGAAACACACUCUGACCCCCUCAGUCAGUCAGUGGAGGCCCAUUUUUUUACAGUGUACUCAUGUUUAAUUAAUGCAUCAGUUCACACAGAGCUGACAGUGUAACAGGUCAGUGUGACAGUCUGCAGCCUCCUGUCUUUCUCUCACAUGUUCACUUUAUUUCUAACCUCAGACCGCCAUCGAACUUAUUUUAACUUCAGUCAUUUUUAUUAACUGUUAAUUAGUUUAAAGGUGUUGUAGUCAGGAUCUGAGUUAGUUCCAGUUUUUAGGAGAAAUCUUGAAUGUAAACUCUACCCCUCCCAACCAGUUUUCCCCUCAGCUCCUCCUCUCCCCUCAAGCCCCGCCCACAAACAGACGCUCCUGCUCGCUCGUAUCGUUCCAAUUAAAUUCAGAUAUAAUGCAGAUAAAUCCUUCAGAUCAUUACAAAUGGGGCCCAGUCAAGGUGAAAGUCAAAAGCAUUGGUGCUACUGUAGAUGCCAACAGACUACCAGCAAACACAAUGUUUGCAGGACUUCUACAACGAGGAUAAAGUGACAUAGUCCAGGACCCGAGGGAGGACAGUUUAGCGAUGGCGCUACAACACGCUACAGCAGGUCCGUUUGACAAGAAACACUUCUGUUACAGACACUUGUCUUACUUUGUUAAAGCGGUUUACCUGUCCAGCAGAAAGGUUACAGGGUCACCAAGAUCCCCAAGCGUCCCCCAUCGUUUAUGUUGACCCGUCUUUUUAGCUCUUGUCCGGUCUACCUCCGUUUUAAGCGCCCGUUAUUCCUCCAGAGUCUCCGGUAUUUACUUUGUUUUCUUGCUUGUGUCGGCAGUCGCAAUUUUCCGAACUUUCUGGUUGGUUUCUACUGUCCGAUAUUGUAGCACGCUAACUUUGUUUGGGCUCCUGAACGACACGGGGGAGCAGCAUUUUCUUGUUGACUGUUUUCUUGUUGACUGUUUUCUUUUUGACCGGUUUGGUGUUGACUGUUUUCUUGCUGACUGUUUUCUUGUUGACUGUUUUCUUGUUGACUGUUUUUUGUUGACUGUUUUGUUGUUGACUUUUUUUUGCUGACUGUUUUCUUGUUGACUGUUUUGGUGUUGACUGUUUAUGGUUGACUGUUUUCUUGUUGACUGUUUUCUUGCUGACUGUUUUCUUGUUGACUGUUUUUUUGUUGACUGUUUUCUUGUUGACUGUUUUCUUGCUGACUGUUUUCUUGUUGACUGUUUUUUUGCUGACUGUUUUCUUGUUGACUGUUUUGGUGUUGACUGUUUUCUUGUUGACUGUUUAUGGUUGACUGUUUUCUUGUUGACUGUUUAUGGUUGACUGUUUUCUUGUUGACUGUUUUCUUGUUGACUGUUUAUGGUUGACUGUUUUCUUGUUGACUGUUUAUGGUUGACUGUUUUCUUGUUGACUGUUUUCUUGUUGACUGUUUAUGGUUGACUGUUUUCUUGUUGACUGUUUAUGGUUGUCUGUUUUCUUGUUGACUGUUUUCUUUUUGACUGGUUUGGUGUUGACUGUUUUUUUGCUGACUGUUUUCUUGUUGACUGUUUUGGUGUUGACCGUUUUCCUGUUGACCGGUUUGGUGUUGACUGUUUUCUUGCUGACUGUUUUCUUGCUGACUGUUUAUGUUUGACUGUUUUCUUGCUGACUGUUUUCUUGUUGACUGUUUUCUUGUUGACUGUUUUCUUGCUGACUGUUUUCUUGCUGACUGUUUAUGUUUGAGUGUUUUCUUGCUUGUGUCGGCAGUCGUGGCCAAAGGAGGAUUCAGACAAUUUUCCGAACUUUCUGGUUGGUUUCUACUGUCCGAUAUUGUAGCACGCUAACUUUGUUUGGGCUCCUGAACGACACGGGGGAGCAGCGUCCGCCUCACAACCAAUGACUUAAAAUGAUUUUCCUGUCUCCUCAUUGGUUGGUGGAUCCUCUAACCUUUACCUGUGCUCAUGUGACCUUUCUUCUUCUUCUUCUUCUUCUUCUUUCUCGGUGCAGUCGUUCACUCUGACCAGGAAGAGAAUCGUUCACUACACCAGCUUCGACCAGAGGAGGAGAUCUAACGCCGCUGUGCUGAUUGGAGGCUACGCCGUGAGUCUUCACUUCCUCUUCCUGUUUAAGGGGGGUGGGAUUAAGGGUUAGUGGGUGGAGUAACAGCAGUGACACAGCUGAUGGAGGAGAUAUUUACAUGACAAUUUAAGCAGUUGUGAGGAACUUGAGGUUUGUGUUGAUUUUGGCGCCCCCUGUGGACAAAGUUAUGAAGGUUUUUAGACUGAAACCUCGUCUUGUUGUCUUUGAAAAAUGAACUGCAUCUAUUAACGAGAAUACGAAACAUGGUAAAAGUAAAAGGAGGUUAUUUGUCCAGCCUGCUGUCAAUCAUCUGGUCUGAUGCCCGCCCCCUCACCGCAGCUUCAGGCAUUAAACUCUCCAACACAGAAAUCGGUGGUCUGGUAGAUAAUAUUUUCAUCGGCACGAGUCUUAGCCUGAUCCCUCUCAGCCAGUUAAAACUCCUUACUGUGCCUUUAAGCUCCGCCUUUAGACAAAAACUUUUUUAUUUUUAUUUAUCAUGAAUAUUUUAUUAAACAUUUUAAAAUCAGGUCUGUUUCUUCAGCCGCUCGGCUGACGUCAGUUUCAGGCAUCAAAAUAAAAACGUCCUUGUUGGUCUUGUUUGUGUUUGGAUCUCAUAAAGAGGCAUCCUUACAACUCCAGACUAUUUCAUACAUUUGAAAAACUCCUGAUAGGAGCUUUAAACCCCCGACAUCAGAUUAUUACACUUGAACCAGCGAAUCUGACGACGGGGGGAAACCGUCGAGACUGACAGCAGCUCCAGAACCAAAAUGAUAUAAGGUCAGGUUCUCCGCUCUGAACUGAAGUUUGUGUUUAUGAGGAGUUUGUUGGUUUUUUUCUAACAUCUCUGAAAACCUUCGUGGGGGAAGGACGGAGGAACGCGUCCCUCACUGAGACCUCCAGGAAUUUUCCCAACAGACAGAAAUAGAAAUCAGAUGUUAUCCCGAGUCUCUCUGAUUUAACGCUCGCUUCCUAUGAGAACGUAUGGACGAGACUGGAACAACCUGAACCAGUAGAAAGAGAGAGAGAGAGAGAGAGACAGAGAGAGAGAGAGAGACAAAGAGAGAGAGAGCUUGUAUUAACAUCCAUCAGCUGAGAGUGAACAUCAGGUUUUUAUGUGACAGUUCCUGUUUGGAGUGACGAGUUUGACAGUCAGACAAAAAAACUUACAACAAUGACGGGUGUGUUCGCUCUGUGUGACUGUGUCUAUAUAUAGGUGUGUGUGUGUGUGUGUGUGUGUGUGUGUGUGUGUGUGUGUGUGUGUGUGUACAUCACGUGUCUAUCUGUCACUGUGAAACUGGACCGCCUCCUCCAGAAACUCCGUCGUCACCUCCACGUUCGCUCAGAUUCAGUAAACCUGUCGGUGCUGCUCGCCGCUCUACAUGAUUGCUGUCUAUAAAUCUUCAGGACUGUCAGAGGCGUCACUGAGCGUGAAAAUCUUCUUUUAACGACAGCAGGUUAAAAAAAAAUCUAACAAGGUGAAUCUGAUGUGUGAUUGGCUGCUGGACCAAUCAGGUUCAAUCAGUUUUAUUGCUCUGGAAGCAGGAAGGAAGUGUUAGUUUGGCCCCUCCCAUCACUGAUGCACCUGAUGCUGACCUGUGUGUGUGUGUGUGUGUGUGUGUGUGUGUGUGUGUGUUAGGUGAUCUACCUGAAGAAAACUCCAGAAGAAGCCUACAGAGCACUUAUCUCCGGCUCCAACGCCUCCUACCUGCCCUUCAGGUCAGUCCCACUAUUGUAGCAGUAUUACAGUAGUAAUACUACUAUAAUACUACUAUAAUACUACUUUAAUACUACUGUUAUACUACUAUAAUAGUACUAUAAUACUUCUUUAAUACUACUGUAAUACUACUGUAAUACUACUGUUAUACUACUAUAAUACUACUAUAAUACUACUUUAAUACUACUUUGAUACUACUGUUAUACUACUAUAAUACUACUUUAACACUACUAUAAUACUACUUUAACACUACUAUAAUACUACUGUAAUACUACUGUUAUACUACCGUAAUACUGAUUUAAUACUACUUUAAUACUGCUGUUAUACUACUUAAAUACUACUAUAAAACUACUAUAAUACUACUGUUAUGUUACUGUUAUACUACUUUAAUACUACUUUAAUACUACUGUAAUACUACUGUAAUACUACUGUUAUACUACUAUAAUACUACUGUUAUACUACUUUAAUACUACUUUAAUACUAUUGUAAUAAUACUAUAACACUACUAUAAUACUACUGUUAUACUGUUAUACUACUUUAAUACUACUGUAAUACUACUAUAAUACUACUUUAAUACUACUGUUAUACUACUAUAAUAGUACUAUAAUACUACUUUAAUACUACUGUAAUACUACUAUAAUACUACUGUUAUACUACUAUAAUACUACUAUAAUACUACUAUAAUACUACUUUAAUACUACUUUAAUACUACUGUUAUACUACUAUAAUACUACUUUAACACUACUAUAAUACUACUGUAAUACUACUGUUAUACUACUAUAAUACUACUGUUAUACUACUUUAAUACUACUUUAAUACUAUUGUAAUAAUACUAUAACACUACUAUAAUACUACUGUUAUACUGUUAUACUACUUUAAUACUACUGUAAUACUACUAUAAUACUACUUUAAUACUACUGUUAUACUACUAUAAUAGUACUAUAAUACUACUUUAAUACUACUGUAAUACUACUGUAAUACUACUGUUAUACUACUAUAAUACUACUAUAAUACUACUUUAAUACUACUUUGAUACUACUGUUAUACUACUAUAAUACUACUUUAACACUACUAUAAUACUACUGUAAUACUACUGUUAUACUACCGUAAUACUGAUUUAAUACUACUUUAAUACUGCUGUUAUACUACUUUAAUACUACUAUAACACUACUAUAAUCCUACUGUUAUGCUACUGUUAUACUACUUCAAUACUUCUGUAAAACUACUAUAAUACUGCUGUAAUACUACUAUAAUACUACUUUAAUACUACUGUAAUACUACUGAAAUACUACUGUAAUACAACUUCAAUACUACUGUAAUACUACUGUAAUACUACUAUAGUACUGCUGUAAUACUACUUUAAUACUACUAUAAUACUACUUUAAUACUACUAUAACACUACUAUAAUACUACUGUUAUACUACUUUAAUACUACUUUAAUACUAUUGUAAUAAUACUAUAACACUACUAUAAUACUACUGUUGUACUGUUAUACUACCUUAAUACUACUGUUAUACUCCUGUUAUACUACUUUAAUACUACUAUAACACUACUAUAAUACUACCGGUAUAUUACUUUAAUACUACUUUAAUACUUUUGUAUUACUACUAUAACACUGCUGUAAAACUACUGUAAUACUGCUGUAAUACUACUAUAAUACUACUGCAGCAGACCCUCUCAGACAAAGUGUACUCUCUCUCUUUUUUUUGUUUUAUUCUGAAGGAGCUUAAAAUAACAAACUUAUAUAACAUUUCAUCAGGUUAAAACAUUGAUGUGAAAAUACAGACGGUUACAUCCUGUCAGCCUGAUCAGCUGUUCACACAGGUUACACUGCAGAGAGCCCACUGUGGACCCGUGUGUGUGUGUGUGUUUCAGUGUGUUUCAGUGUGUGUGUGUUUUUGAGGAUAAAGGGCUGCUUGUUGUCUCAGCCGUUAUGUAACCGCAGUGUGUGAGCGGCUGUGCGGAGUCCGUCUCUGAGCUCUCUGCAGGCCGCUGCUAGAUUAAACAUGAGGAGGCCCCGCCCACACUCUGUGACACAACACUGAGGCGUUCACUGACCCUCUGACGGCAGAGGAAGAAGAAGAAGGAGGCUUUCCUCAUUAAUCACUGAGAGGAAAUGAAACGUUUCAUCAGGAUUAUUAAACAUGAGGACUCCAGAUUUAAGAACAGCUGCUCCACACACAGACCGCCUGGACUCUUUAAAAACACAAAAAAAGGACGUUUAAUAACAAGGAAAUCUAUUUACUGGUUCAGUUCUUCGCUGCUUGUCUCCCCCUCCUCUCUUUGUGUCUUCAGCUGUACCGAGAAAAACACAGACGGGCUCACACUUCACUUUUCACCUCAGUGUCAGAGCUUUGACUUCAUUUUGACGAUGAUACUCGCUGAGUUAGAUGUUUCAGUUUGCAGCCUGUGUUAUAAAAAACUAAAGGUGAAUCGGCAGCUAACAGGUGUUCAGCUACGUGAAGAAGACGUUUUACCAAAACUAAAGACAGAGAGGUGAAAUAAAAUGUGAUUUAUGUCGCAAACUAUUUUCUUUAACCCUUUAAACUCCCUGCUAUAAUUUUCUUUUUUUGGUCCGCUUGUUUUUUUUGUUUUUGUAAAAAUCUCUAUCCUUUCAAUCACAGCAAAUAUAAACACAUCUUUAUUUUCAGGACAACCUCAGAUUCAGUUUAUGGAGCAAAAAUGAUGUAAAAUAAAUGAGACAGUAGAUUCAGAACCAUCAAAGUCAACCAAGAAACUAAAACAGAAACUGAUCCCAACAGAACUUUGAUCAAAAACACAUAAAUCUAUUGGAACAAACACACAACAGAAACUAUUGACAUAUUUACACUCAUUCUUCCGGGCGUUUCAGUUCCUGUCUGUGAUGAGACAGAGGACCACAUCAUCCUGCUCAGAAUCUCUUCUUUGCUUGUUUCCAAACAUUGAGGAACAUUAUUUCUGAUUUUGCAGACAAGCAGGGAACUUUCUCGUCUCUUAUUGGACACUACCGUCAAGGGAACAACAGAAGAAGAAUGUGAGACCGUGUAAUUGGUCGAAAACAGCUUGUCAAACCUGGAAGACAUUAGCAGCAUUUAGCGAUAAAGUUCUUUUUUCAUCACAGUAAUCUGAUCAAUAAUCCUGUUUUCACUGGUAUUUCACUGCAGAUUUACCGUCAAACGUCUCUGAUCUUACUUAUUUACUUCGACUUAGUUCCUCCUGUUCCUAUUGGACCACUGGGUGACGAGUCCCCUCCGUUUGCUCCGGUCCCUAGCGACCCUUCUUGCUCCAUACCAGCUGACUCCCGUCUCCUUCAGGUCUUCCUCGGCUGUUCGUCUCCUUGUCCUCUUUGGCGUCCCUCUAUCGCCACACUUGCCGGUCUCUCUCUCUUGGCGGUCGGAGUCCAUGUCCGGUCAUUCUCUGUCUCCUGUCAGAGACGAUGUCAGACGAAGGUGCUUCACCUGUCCUUCUCAUCACCUCUCCAUCGGUGAUGUGGUCUCUCCAUGAGAUCUUCAGGAUGGAUCUGAGGCACCGUCGAUGGAGGAGAUCCAACUUGUUGGUGAUGCUGGCUGUCUUCGUCCACGUCUCACAGGCGUAGGUCGCUGUAGGGAUGACCGCUGACAUAUAGAGGUGUAGCUUUGUGGCCGUGGUGAUGGAUUUCAACGACCAGAUGUUCCCGAGUCGUUGGAAGACUCCUGCAGCUUUUCUCCACGGAGAAAGAUGUCUCUGAUCAAACACCUGUUUCUGUGGCUGGAUUGUAAACCUUGUGGCAGGUGUAGAAACGUCUGGAAACCCUCGAUAGAUCGCCAAAAGGGUAAACGUCUGAACACUUUUCAUCCCGUAGAGAAACACGGUAUAGUUCCUGAGAAACUGUGAACUAUAUUCAUGGUGUCAGCGGAGUUUUAAGUGUUAAAAGGAGAAAAAUCCUCCAUGACUGAGAACAUCAGCGUUAAACAUCAGAACCUGUGACUGUCUGCAGCUCCACCCUCUUCUCCACCCAGAGCAGACGGACUUUAGAGCGAGUCCACAGACAGGCAGUAGUUCCCCGCACGUCUGUGUGAGAUUAUUGGGAUUGGGUAACGUCGGCAUUUACAGUAUUAUUGAAAAAAGGAGCAAAUCUAAAUAAUCCAACCCGCUCUAUUUUCAUUUCCUCUCCUUUAUGCUGUUUAAAGCCUCCCUCAGCUGCCCUUAAGGGAGUGAAGGAUUCUGGGUAAAUAUCUCUUUAGUGUUGUUCCGUGUUUUAGGUUCAGAGCGGUGGAGACGGUGGAGAUUAUGAAUCAGAUCCUUUUGCCCUCACAGCUGAUGAUGAUGAUGAUGGUCCCACAUUCAGACGGUGUCGGAGACAUUUCAGACGGCGGUGUGAAGAUCGGAUAAAGAAGUGAGACAUGUGUCAGCGCUGAGGACGGCGAGCGUGUCUCACUUCAUCACAGAGUGGUGAUAAUGAGCAGGAUCUGUCCUCAGCGAUGAUCCUGAGUCCAGUCUGAGCGGGACGAUCGUGACGAUCCUUCUCCACAGAUUAUAUAAGGAAGAAGUCACUUAAAGUAGAUAAGUGUCGACCUCGGGUCCUGCAGGUCCUCGUGUCUUUUAUCUUCAGGCUCCUCCCUGUUGGAGCGGGUCGGCUGAUCCUGGUUAUUAGUUUUCACUGAGAUUGAUCAUAUUUGUAGAUUUACAGUCAAGGUGAAAAACUUUGAGACACUUUCGCCUGAAAACUUUUAGAAAACGUCCAAGACUGGAACAGAACAUCAGCUGAUCGGACGGUGUUGUGGUCGAGACAUGAGAGAGAAAGUGGGAGAAUGAUCUAUAAUCGAGGGGUUUGAUCGGCCAAGAGUUUGAUCAGGACGUCGUCCAAAGUCCUAAAAAUCAGACGAGGACAUCAGUUUGUCUUCUUCUGCUUCUUUCUUUUUUCUUCUUUGGAUUCGUCUCCAUUUCAGUCAAAACUUCACAUCAUUUAAAGGUUGUGUGUUGAUUUCCUUCAGCCCCGUGUCAGUUGUCUCAUACUGUCUUUAUUAUUGGAGAUAUUUAGUGGACAUUUUGGACUUUGUCUGUCUCCUCUUUCAGUGUCUCACGUUGGUGGAGAAAGCUUUAAAAGUUCAGCAGUUCAGAGUUUCUCGACUUCUUUAAAACCUCAUAAAUAUCAUGACCUUAAAAUAUCAGAAAACCGAGAUUAUCGUGAUUUUAUAGAAAAACUUAUAGAAAAAAGUUUUACUCUCUCACACACACACACACACACACACACACACACACACACACACACACACACACACACACACACACACACCUGUCAGCUGCAGGUGUGUGUGUGUGUGUUAAUGUGUGUACAUGCACAUACUAACGAGCUGCUGUCUGUCUCUGCAGGGACGCCUCCUUUGGGAAUUGCACCUUCAACCUCACAGUGCUGGACUGUCUGCAGGGCAUCAGGAAGGUGAGUCUGACUCCGCCCCCUCUGAUCACCGAUCAGGUCCAGGUCUGCGUGAGACUGUGACAGGCUCAGUCUGACCUUUGACCCCUCUGUUUGUAUCAGUUCGUGUUUGUACCAGAGUUCAGCUAUUCUAAGUGUGUGUGUGUGUGUGUGUGUGUGUGUGUGUGUGUGUGUGUGUGUGUGUGUGUGUGUGUGUGUGUGUGUGUGUGUGUGUGUGUGUCCCGGCUCACAGCUGAUCUGUGUUAUGUAACAGAGUCAGUUUGCAGCACAACGAGCCGUUGUUCUGAGGUCGCCUGGACAGCCAAUCACAGAGCAGCUGUCGCUCAGCAGCAGUUUCACAGUCAGACUCUCCUAAAGUGGAUCUCUGUGAUAUGACAGACAGGAAAGGGGGGAGGGGCAUGAUGCAGCGCCCCCUUCAGGCUGAAACUGGACUUUUAAAAUCCCUGUAAAACACGUCAGUCCGACUUUAAUCAAACUCCUCAGAGCCGAACUAUCGUACAGUCAGACUAAACUGUCCAAACAGACAAACAACCACAAACUCUUACCCCCAGUUUUCACCGCACCUGAAACGGCGGCAAUUUUCGCUGUCCGCCACUUUCUGCCGGAAAAAAUAGAACUCUCUCGGUGUAAAUUGACACGUUAACUUGAAUGGUUACGAUCAGCUACGAUCGGAGGAUACGACCUUUUAGGAGACGAUCAGGAUGAAGGUGGAGGUCGGGGGUUAUGAUUCACCUCCACCUCACUAAAAACAGACAGAGGAGUUCCACAGGGCUCCGUCCUCAGACCACUUCACUUCGUUUUUUAUCUAAAUAAUAUUAAACAAAAUGUCUCUGAGGCUGGUUUUCAGUUUUUGGACCUGCAGCUCGGUACCCGCUCCAGACUUUUAAAAAACAGUUUCAAACACAAACAAAUCAAAAAUCAUGUUUCUUUUUUCUCUCAUACCUAACCCAAACUCUAAAAUCUUUAAAUGUUAAACGUGUGUUUGUGUCUCACUGCGGAUAUCUUCAUAUCUCUGAUUCGUUCUUCUUCACUUCGUCAAAUUCAGCAGCUGAAAACUAAACUGGAUUUAAUUUGAAUCAGAUCUUUCAAAAUGAGACGGGUUUCUCUCUCACGGUCCUGUCUGAGCUGGACCACAUUCAGGACUCCUGAACUGGGUGUCUCUGAGGUUGAUCCCUCAUCUGAAAGCCCUCACUCUUCACUGUUUGCUUCAUAAACACGUUGGUCUGUGAGGAAGAGUCGUCUCUGAUCUGUUCAGGAGUUUAUCUUUGAGACGUUUUCUUCUUCUUCUCUGUUUCUAAAGUCAAAACUGAGACAGAAACAAAAGUUUGUUUGUUGUUUCGUUUUAUUCAGAAGAACAAAAAGAUCUGAAACUGAAGGAUCUGCUCUGAGAGGAUGAUUUAGAGGCGGACUGUCGGUGUAUUUAUGACUCUGAUCGUCUUGAUUUACAGGUUACUCUGUUUUCUGUUUGUAUGUCAGACUUCCCUUCAGACUCUGUGACCUCUUUAAAAAGACUCUGAGUUUUCCUUUAUCAAAUAUAAAACAAAUAAAUUAAACAUGAACCAAGACUUGGACCAACACUCCUCCUGUAGGCGUCACACAGGCUCCGCCCCCUCUUCUCCUGAGUAUUUUAGGUUGUGAGUGACGCCGAUAAUCCCCCGCUGUGAGACGACUGAGUGAACAGAAAUAUCCGAGUGUCCUCUAAUGAUCGGGAAAUGUCAGGAGUUCAUGUGUGGACGCAGCUUCAGUCUCUGCUCACUGAGCUGAUUCAGAUCCUCUGACACACACCUGUCCAGGUGGGCAGGUGGUGCAUUAUGGGACAUCAAACAGAAACAGACAACAGAAGCUUUAUUCAUGUGAGAACUGAGACUGUUACUGAUGAACGGAGAAGACAGGAGGAGCACAGAUCAGGUCUCUUUGUUUACAUCACCUGUCUACCUGCAGGUGUUAAACACACACACACACACACACCUGUCACACACCUUUAAACCCACAUGUGUGUGUUUGUGUUUCAGGCCCUGCAGCACGGCUUCUUUGACUUUGAGAGGUUCGACGUGGACGAGUACGAACACUACGAGGUGAGUGUGUGUGUGUGUGUGUGUGUGUGUGUGUGUGUGUCCUGAACCCUGCAGAGCUGCAGACUGAUGAAUAAUUGAGUCCGCAGAAUAAAACGCUGUGACGUGUCGGGGGUCAGCUCGGUCUCUCCGACUCCACGGGUUUUAUCAGAUAGUCGUACCUGAGUCAGCAGGACAGGUGAGCUCAGCUGGUUCACGGUGUCGGGUGGUAAAUGUAAACAGGUGAAGGGAUUAUGAAUGAGAGGGUGUAGAUCUGCAGACACAGAAACAUGCUGGUUUGAGGUUCUUUACUCCGGACUAGAUCAGCUGCAGAGUCUGAGCAGCACAGGGCGCCCCCCUCAGGAUGGAUCCUGGAACUGUCCUGUAGUAAAACGGUCUCUGUUCUGAGGCGAAACGUCUCAAAUAAGUCCAGUUGUCCUUCUAAGAAAGAACCAUAAAUCAUAGAUGUCCCUAAAUGAAUUUUACACCAGAAUAUCCCUUUAACUCUAAAGUGUUGGUGUUAGUUUCACGUCUUUAAAAACACGCUGAAGAACAAACUUCCUGGUUUUCUUUGGCGUGCGGUCUGCUCUGUUAUUGUUGUACCUGCGCAGUGAUUCAGGUCUCUGAUCCUUUUGUACCUGCAGCAGAGAAAACAAACAGGUUUUGUCAACAGGAGGAAGGCGAGAGUUUGUUUCUUUAUUGUAGUAACAGAGCGAUGAAAAACAUCCUGAUGGAUUUACAACGAGGACACAAACAGCCGUGAGUGACAGCAGCUCAGGUAGGAGUGUUUGGUUUAGGACAGGUUCAGGUCACAGGUGAGGUCAGGAGGCUGGAAUGUCAGCUCGCCUGUUCGUCUUUGGAGGCGAGGAGUAAAGGUCCUUACACACCGGGCGAGAAUUCGCCAGGCGAAUUGUUCGCCUUUUUUUAAAACAGCAUAAAGUCAAUGCAAGCUUCCACACCGGCGGCGAUUUUUCCGCGGGGCGAAAAGCCGCUUUUAUUUUUUCGCUCCUGUGUCGAAUUUUUCGGAUAUUCGCAGGCGAAUAUCUGGACCUGCUAGACCUCUGGCCAAUCAAAAGUCAUGUUGUUGGUGACGUCACAGACCCAUACUGGGCUGGAGUAGGGGGAGAAGUUUGAGAUUAUGAAUACGCAGAGAAAGGCAGCUGAGGUGCAUCCAAAACUCUUUCUAAUUACUAAUGAAGUAGUUUCCUCACAAGAUGACACUCUCUUGUCUUCCACCUCGCAUCUCCUCUCCUCCGUGCCGCAAAACGACUUUAUUAAUUCGCUUUGCAAAAAAUUUACGCAUAUUCGCUUCGCGGCCGAUGUGUAUAGGCGAAAGCGAUUUUUCGGACCGGUGAAUAUUCGCAAUUUUCGUCUCGCUUUUUCGCUUCGCUCCGCAAAUUCGCCAGUGUGUAAGGACCUUUAAGGUGCGAAUGUUUGGGUUUGGAUUUCUGAAAGUGUGACGGUGGCAGCGAGGAAUCAGCUGGUUUUUAAAGGUUCACUGAGUGACUCUGCUCUGAACAGGUGGAAACUUUAAACAAACUGAAGCUGAUAUUUCAAAGUUCAAGGGUUUUAUCAUCAGUUACUGCAGCUCGUUCGUACAAACACAGGAUUAAAAAAAGACGUUUGUCUUCAGAAAAUACAAAGAAUCAUUUAAAAAUACACAAAAAAGUCCAAUAAGAGUAAAAUACAGGAGGAGAGGGGUCUAAAUAUAUAUAUAUAUAUAUGUGUGUGUGUGUGUGUGUGUGUGUGUGACUUUUGACAAAACAGUUUCUCCGUUCUCAGAGUUAAACUCCUCGUGUUUUUACUCAGAGGAGUACGGUGGCCGAGAAAUGCCACUGCUGCGAAUAAAAAAGAAGUCACAAUGGAAGUUACUGAUGCAAAAGAAAAAAAAGAAAUGGUGCAGAAAAAAAAAAUAAAUAACUCGACAGAAGUGAAUGACGCAAAAAAAAGUGGCAAUGCCAAAAUAAUAAAUAAUGAUGAUGCAACAGUGUUUUACGAUCGAGGCACAGAAGACGCGGUCAGAAGUGGACACACAGUAUGCGAAACUGUAGAAAAAUCGGCCGUGAUACGAAAAAAUAAAUGCCGCAAAAGAGCAGGACAGGAAAACGUCUCUGAUGUGAACGCUUGUGUUGACAGGAUACGGGUUAAAAAAAAUAUUGACGUCUGAAAUAAUCACACAAAAAAAACGCUCCCGGUGUGAACCCACCCCCCUCCCAGAACAAACCUCAUAGGUCAACUCUUACCAACAUCCCUAAAAAUAAGUAAUAAUAAUAAUAAUAAUCUACAAGAAAAAAUAAAUGUAAAUAAAUAAAAAGAUAAAAUAAAAUAAUAAUAAAAAUAUAAAUAUAUAAAAGAAAGUAUAAAUGUAACUAAAUAAAAGGAUAAAAAAUUAAUAAUAAUAAUAAUAAUAAUAAUAAUAAUAUAUUAAAGAAAAUGUAAAUAAAAGGAUAACAAAACAAUAAUAAUAAUAGUUAGAAUAAUUAUCACAGUUAUAAUAAUAAUAAUAAUUAUAUUUUAAAUAAUACAUAAGCAAAUUAGUUAAAAAAUUAAAUAAAUAAGAAACAGAAAAAAACAUGCAGCAUAAAAAAGAAGUCACAAUGGAAGUUACUGAUGCAAAAGAAAAAAAGAAAUGGUGCAGAAAAAAUAAAUAAAUAACACGACAGAAGUUAACGACGCAAAAAAAAGUGGCAAUGCCAAAAUAAUAAAUAAUGAUGAUGCAACAACAGUGUUUUACGAUCGAGGCACAGAAGACGCGGUCAGAAGUGGACACACAGUAUGCGAAACUGUAGAAAAAUCGGCCGUGAUACGAAAAAAUAAAUGCUGCAAAAGAGCAGGACAGGAAAACGUCUCUGAUGUGAACGCUUGUGUUGACAGGAUACGGGUUAAAAAAAAUAUUGACGUCUGAAAUAAUCACACAAAAAAAACGCUCCCAGUGUGAACCCACCCCCCCUCCCAGAACAAACCUCAUAGGUCAACUCUUACCAACAUCCCUAAAAAUAAGUAAUAAUAAUAAUAAUAAUAAUAAUCUACAAGAAAAAAUAAAUGUAAAUAAAUAAAAAGAUAAAAUAAAAUAAUAAUAAAAAUAUAAAUAUAUAAAAGAAAGUAUAAAUGUAACUAAAUAAAAGGAUAAAAAAUUAAUAAUAAUAAUAAUAAUAAUAAUAAUAAUAAUAAUAUAUUAAAGAAAAUGUAAAUAAAAGGAUAACAAAACAAUAAUAAUAAUAGUUAGAAUAAUUAUCACAGUUAUAAUAAUAAUAAUAAUUAUAUUUUAAAUAAUACAUAAGCAAAUUAGUUAAAAAAUUAAAUAAAUAAGAAACAGAAAAAAACAUGCAGCAUAAAAAAGAAGUCACAAUGGAAGUUACUGAUGCAAAAGAAAAAAAGAAAUGGUGCAGAAAAAAUAAAUAAAUAACACAACAGAAGUUAAUGACGCAAAAAAAAGUGGUAAUGCCAAAAUAAUAAAUAAUGAUGAUGCAACAGUGUUUUACGAUCGAGGCACAGAAGACGCGGUCAGAAGUGGACACACAGUAUGCGAAACUGUAGAAAAAUCGGCCGUGAUACGAAAAAAUAAAUGCUGCAAAAGAGCAGGACAGGAAAACGUCUCUGAUGUGAACGCUUGUGUUGACAGGAUACGGGUUAAAAAAAAUAUUGACGUCUGAAAUAAUCGCACUAAAAAAACACUUCUGUGCCUAGAUCGUAAAACUCCGCUGCAUCGCCAUUAUUGGUCCCCGGCAGAUCACUCCCGUCGUGGCUUUUUUUAUUUACAUCCGUUUAUUUUCACAGUGAGUAACUUGUUUUUUUUUCAUAGCCACGUUUUGUUGCGUUGUUGACGCACCGUUUCUUUUUUAUUUGCAGCGGGCUUCGGUUUCUUUUUUUUUCAUCGUUAACUUCCGUUGUGACUCCUUCUUAUUUGCAUUCUUUUUUGUUUAAGCAGUGGCGGUUCUGGGCCACCGUAGCGGAGGACCAUCACAACAUACAGGAAAAGGCAACAUGAACUUUUAAUUUAAGAAGGGCCAACAGGUAAACCGUGACAUCAUCGUCGGGGUCGUUUACGCCAUAAAUAAAAAAAAAAAAACGACCUUAAAAUAAUAAUAGACUUAAACAAAUACAAACUGCAAACACAGAGACUGAGUUUUACUGUGGUCUGAGACUCUGUGGUCCUCCUCGUGAUCCUCUCAGAGAGUCGGCGACCUUCUCUCAGCUGGUCACUCUGGACUGAUUUCUGCUGAGUCAUCACGCCAUUCGCAGCUUUAGUGCUCAGGUUUGAGUCGUUGUCUGUGACUGUGUUUGACUUCUGCCAUCAUGUGUUCACUCUGUAAGUGUGUGUGUGUGUGUGUGUGUGUGUGUGUGUGUGUGUCCACAGCGGGUCGAGAACGGAGAUCUGAACUGGAUCGUCCCGGGGAAGUUUCUGGCCUUCAGCGGUCCUCACCCGAAAACGAAGAUAGAGAACGGUGAGUGUGUGUUUUUUUUGUGUGUGUGUGUUUUUGUGUGUGUGUUUGUAACACCUGUAUUUGCCCCGCCCCCCUCGCAGGUUACCCCCUCCACGCUCCCGAGGCCUACUUCCCGUACUUCAGGAAACACAACGUGACCACGAUCAUCCGCCUGAACAAGAAGAUCUACGACGCCAAACGCUUCACAGACGCCGGCUUCGACCACUACGACCUCUUCUUCUUAGACGGCAGCACGCCCAGUGACAUCAUCACUCGCCGCUUCCUGCACAUCUGUGAGAGCACAGACGGCGCCGUGGCCGUCCACUGCAAGGGUGACUACUUCCUGAUCUCUUUGUAACUUCCUCUCUGAGGCGUGUCUCAAAACGCCGUUCAUCAGACGGGUCGUAGGAGAGACGUGUGUCUGACACCUGGUUGGUCUUGUUGUUCUCAGUCUGUCCAGCAGGGGGAGCUCUCACACCUGUCUGUUUCUGUCCUCUCAGUAUUUUCAGACUUCACUCCGACUCUCUGACAAACACGCUCGACAUGUUUCUGUUUCCUGUUUCGCUCAGCGCCUCAUGUGGGACCUGUCUAUCACCUGCUGAAACACAUUCAGUGACACGUCAGCUGAUCAUUAAAAACAGCUGAUCGAUCAAACUUCCAUCAACUCUGUUUAAACUUUUGAUUUUUGUGGUUUUAAACCUGAAUUUGUGCAAAAACUUUGACUGUACAGGACCACAUACUGACUGUGUGUGUUUGUGUCUGUGUGUGUGUGUGUGUGUGUGUGUGUGUGUGUGUGUUUGUGCAGCUGGCCUGGGCAGGACGGGCACUCUGAUUGGCUGUUACCUGAUGAAACAUUACCGCUUCACAGCAGGUGAGGCCAUCGCCUGGAUCAGGAUGUGCAGACCGGGUUCUGUGAUCGGACCGCAGCAGAACUUUCUAGAAGAGUGAGUGUCUGAUUGUUCUGUUUUUUUAUUGUUUCGGUCUGAUAAGUGUGUCCUUGAACGCCUCGUCCAGUUGACUGAGACACAAAGUGAGCGAACAGAAACCUUCGUCCGUAUCUGUGAGCGUGUUCUGAAGUUUAAGUUCCUGUGUGAUGUUCAGUGACCUUUAGCUGACAGGUUUCUGUGAGUGUGAACUGGAUCAUUUAUCAAACAGGAACGAGGUCAGAGUUCAGCUCACAUCAUCACAGAGCUCUCCUCACUCUGCCGUGUGUCUGUGUGUGUGUGUUAGUGUGUACAAGUGUGUGUGUGUUAUCAGCGUCUGUUGCUUCAGUAGCAGUCUGUAUCUCUUGCUGUGUUUAUGUUGGCCUCCAGCUCUCUGACAAACUCGAUCCUGUUUUCUGUUUCAUUUUGAGCCGACUGCACAUUUCCUUCCACCUCACACACACACACACACACACACACACACACACACACACACACUCUGAUGUGGACCAUGUACACACUCUGCUGUCACACAGUGACUCUGAGGUUCACCAGGUUUGUAGAAGAAAUCAAAGGAUUAAAUUUUUAGAACCAAAAUAACUUAAAAUAAACUUUUUUUUAAAACAAUUUCUUUAACAUAAUUUCAUAAACAGUAUAAAACUUUAAUAAAAAUAAUAGAACUACAAAUUUCAUCCGAACCCACCCCCCUCCCAGAACAAACCCCAUUGGUCAACUCUUACCAACAUCCCUAAAAAUAAGUAAUAAUAAUAAUAAUAAUAAUAAUAAUAAUAAUAAUAAUAAUAAUAAUGAUAAUAAUCUACAAGAAAAAAUAAAUGUAAAUAAAUAAAAAGAUAAAAUAAUAAUAAAAAGAUAAAUAUAUAAAAGAAAGUAUAAAUGUAACUAAAUAAAAGGAUAAAAAAUUAAUAAUAAUAAUAUAUUAAAGAAAUGUAAAUAAAAGGAUAACAAAACAAUAAUAAUAAUAGUUAGAAUAAUUAUCACAGUUAUAAUAAUAAUUAUAUUUUAAAUAAUACAUAAGCAAAUUAGUUAAAAAAUUAAAUAAAUAAGAAACAGAAAAAAACAUGCAGCAAAGUUCAAGACAUUGACAAUGGAAAAGCAGAGCUACUCCUGCAGAUGUUCUACAACCAACAACCACCACCACACCAUCGACGGUUCUCAUCUGUGAGACGUUAUUCAGAUACAUUUUAAAGUCAUUCCAGCAUUUUUAAAAAGACAGGGUUUCUUUUUUUAAUCUUCAACAGAUUUUUUUCAGAGGUCAUGUAUGAUGAAACUUCCUUAAACCACAUUGAGGCAGCAGGUGGUUUUCACUUUUCCACUCAAUCUUGGUGAGGAAACUCGAUCUCUGUGAUGUCCCUGAGUGCAUUAAAAUAAACUCUUAAAGGGAUAUUCCGGUGUAAAAUUAAUUUAGGGUCAAACCCACCGUAACACCGAGUUAGACCGCCCCUCCAGAGAUGAAUGUUGUCGACCGCUUCUUCUCUAGUUAUACCAACUUUAGUAACGACCGCAGGAUAGAAAUACAGAGAGACACAUGCCUCUUCUGCCUUAGUGUCUCGGCCUGAUCAUAAAUGUUCUUCCUUGAGCUGCGAAACCCCGCUGCACUCGGCAAUCGACUCGUCAGGGCUCCCCCCAGAAACAAGGAGUCACUGCAGACCCUGACUCUGGAUCAGCUGCAGGUCAGAGGUCAGAGUGUGUUUCUGUUUUCGUUGUUCAUAUUCGUCUCAAAGAGCGUUUGUGUGUCGACAGGAAACAGUCAGCUAUGUGGUUGCUAGGCGACGGCCAGCGUUCCCAGAAGGCCAAGCUGGAGGAGAAGGCGAUGCCUCAGAUCAUCACCAGCAUCGAGGAGCUCUCCAUAAAAACCACCUACAACUCCAAAAACUCCGCCCACAACAGCGUCCUGAGCUCAGACCGUCUGACUGAGGUCUCACACACACACACACACACACACACACACACACACACACCUCUGUGUCAGGCGUCAGUGUGACGAUGGUGCGUUUGUUUCGUCUCUCAGGGUGAGAUUGUUGACGGCGGACCGGCGCUGACUCAGGGAGACAAACUGAGAGCCUUAAAAAGCCGACGCCCCCCUCGACCCGCAACCACCGGAGCCCUCAGGUACCAGAACCAGAACCAAGAUUAGAGCCAGAACCAAACCCAGAACACAGUCAGAUUUCUUGAAACGCUCCACAGAUCUGAGUGAUGAUGAUGAUGAUGAUGUUUGUUUUUCAGGGUGGAGGAGAUGAAGAUUCACAGCAGGUCGGCCUCUCAGCCGCUCAGGUAACUCUGACCUCUGACCUUUUAUUAAACUGAGAUCUCAGGGGGUUCCCUGGACCUCCAGCUGUGAAGACGGUCCAAUAACGUUUGUGUCUCACCAUCUUCAGGAUGUCCAUGGGUGCCGGUCAGGGCCCCUCCUCCCCCCUCAAGUCCUCCAAGUUCCCAUCAUCCUCUGCUUCCGCUGCCGCCAAGAGGAUCGGGAGGAGUCCGUCGUCGUCUGCGUCAAACAUCAGGAGGUCAGUGUCCAAAUCCACUUCCUGUCGGUCUCAAUAAAUAAAUAAGCAGGCUCACAGCAGGUGCUUCGAUGAUAACAGACAAAAUAAAACUACAGUGUGUUUAAAAGCCGAGGAGUAAAAGUGCGUUUUUAAAAACAGGAAACGAGGACGCCCGUCUAACUGUCAGGGGUAACUCAUUCCUGAGUUUAGGAGCAGCUGCAGCAAACGCUCUGUCCCCUCUGAGCUUCAGCCUCGUACCGGGGACCGUCAGUAACAGCUGAUCAGCUGAUCUGAGAGGCUCACAGGGUUUAAAGACUGACCUCAGUCUACAGGUGAACAGGUGAAGACCUCCAGCCUCAGUCUGAAUAACUUUAGAGAGUUUCAAUCAACUCACCUGAACCUGGUCUGAUUCUGGAUCAGGUCUGACAUGGAUCAGGUUUUAUAGUGGUUUAGGUCUGACAUGGAUCAGGUUUUAUAGUGGAUCAGGUCUGACAUGGAUCAGGUCUGACAUGGAUCAGGUUUUAUAGUGGAUCAGGUCUGACAUGGAUCAGGUUUUAUAGUGGAUCAGGUCUGACAUGGAUCAGGUUUUAUAGUGGAUCAGGUUUUAUAGUGGAUCAGGUCUGACAUGGAUCAGGUCUGACAUGGAUCAGGUUUUAUAGUGGAUCAGGUCUGACAUGGAUCAGGUCUGACAUGGAUCAGGUUUUAUAUUGGAUCAGGUCUGACAUGGAUCAGGUUUUGUAGUGGAUCAGGUCUGAUAGUGGAUCAGGUCUGACAUGGAUCAGGUUUUAUAGUGGAUCAGGUCUGACAUGGAUCAGGUUUUAUAGUGGAUCAGGUCUGACAUGGAUCAGGUUUUAUAGUGGAUCAGGUCUGACAUGGAUCAGGUCUGACAUGGAUCAGGUUUUAUAGUGGAUCAGGUCUGACAUGGAUCAGGUUUUAUAGUGGAUCAGGUCUGACAUGGAUCAGGUUUUGUAGUGGAUCAGGUCUGACAUGGAUCAGGUUUUGUAGUGGAUCAGGUCUGACAUGGAUCAGGUUUUGUAGUGGAUCAGGUCUGACAUGGAUCAGGUCUGACAUGGAUCAGGUUCUGAUGUGUCCCUGUACCCCCUCCCCCCCUGCAGUUCUCGGUUGGCGGUCUCUCUCAGUGACCUGUACGCUGCUGACCUGGAGGAGGAGGAGACCUCUCCAUACUCCGCCCUUCCUCCCCCCUCCUCCUCCUCUUCCUCUGUGUCUCUCAGCCCCUCCCCUUCUUCUCUCGCCCCGCCCUCUCUGAGUCGCUAUGGUAACGGCCCUCGCAGCCUACAGCACGAGGUCAACAACAACAACGGCGGCGUGUUCGGGGGCUCUGCGGCGCCCCCCGCUGGGAAAAACUCGGGCCUGGUCCUGAGCAGGAUGGGGCCUCAGGACUUCAUCCCGUAUCGGGUCCCCUACAGCGGUCUGAAGGGCCACACAGGACGCUACCUGAGCCGCUCCAUACCUGUAAGUCCUCUGACGCAGCAGCAGCAGCUUAGCCCCUCCCCCUCUAUUUCCUCACAUCACUAACACACCUUCAUUCAUACCUGAGUGUCGUCAUGGCGACGUCUUCAUCAGGAGGUUCAGCAGACCCUCAGAGGUCAGUGAUUGGUCUGACCCCAGACAUCAUGAUAAAAAUGUGUAACUGUCCCUUUAAGGGCGAGAAACGCCGUGACCUCCUGAUGACGACGAAACCAUCCGUCUGAUUUAACACCUUCGUUUACCUGACGCUCUGUCAGCCAAUCAGAGCCUGAGGAUGUCUUCAGGGGUUUCUGUCUGUCUGCUCGACUCUAACUGAGGUCACAUGACCAGGCGCUGUUACAUCAGUUCAGUGGGCGUGUCCUGGUCGUCAUGUGAUGUCGCUCAUUCUCAGGUGUGAGUGGGAGACCUGCUGAGUGUGUGUGUGUGUGAGAUGAGUGUGUGUGUGUGUGUGUGUGUGUGUGUGUGUGUGUGUGUGUGUGUGUGUGUGUGUGUGUGUGUGUAUUCAGGGUGUUGUGUGGGUGUGUGUGUGUGUGUGUGUGUGUGUGUGUGUGUGUGUUAACGGUGGGUGGUCGGCGGGUUCUCUCACACUAACAGGAAGCUGCUGCUGAGCGGAGGAUUCAGUAAACCGUCAGAAAUCAAUCAAUCAUGAGCGAUCAGAAACCUGAUCACAGAACCAUGAACUCUCCUCUCACCUGUCAAUCAGGUCUCCUUCAUAGAUGUUGGUCAUGUGACCCAGUGAGCUCAUUCCAGUAAAUCAUGUCGACCAAACAGACGACCAUCUCUGUCCUUCCUCUGCGCUCCUUUUAUUUCCUGAAACAGUUUUCAGCUUGUGUGCGUGUUUACAUUCUACGGUCAUGUGACACUCAUGGUACAUAUACAGAAAACGAAUGAUCAAGUCCGACUGGAACGGGACUUUUAAAACACGCGUAAACACGAUAGUGGGACUGAAAUCGAACUCAAUCAAAUCAGUCUGAAGGUUAAAACCUCCAGGAUGUGUAUUUGGAGCGAAUCAGCAGCGUCUCGUAUCAAACCGGUUUCAAAUCUAAUCACUGCAGCAGAGCAAACAGGACGUGUAUCAGCUCCACCGCAGUAUCGUAUCGAGAGCAGCUCUGCUGAAGAGACGCGGCGAGUUGAUUUCCGCUGCUCUACGCUUCCAAUGGGCGUCAAUCCACACAGAGAAGAUCGUUCCAGACAGGAAGUCAAGCAGAAAAAUGCGCAUGUGAUCUGGUAUUUCAAAAUAAAAGUGUUGUGUUGUGUCGUUCGCGAACGAUUUGUUCAAAAUAACCGAAUCUUUUAAGUGAACGUACUGAACCAAAUCACUUCCUCAAGUGAUUCGUUCGUUCCUCACUCCAGUUGAGCUGUCAGCAGAGCAGACGGUUUGGUACGCAGCAUCACCAGGUGAGCGAGGGACUGAAUGCACAAACGAAUCACACAUUGAACUUCACUCUCUGGAAUCACUUUUGUAGGACAAACUAACUCUUAUUUUUUUACUGCUAAAUUGCCACCAAAACAAUUUUCAUACAAUAGGACUCAGCAUGUAACAGUAGUGCAUUAAACCCGCAGCAUCUAUCAUUGCAGCGGUUUGCGAGGGAACGGUUCAUGUUCAGUGUAAAUUCUUUUAAACGUUCAGUGAACGAAUCACGAACUGAAGCCCAAUUUAUUGAGCAGACCUGAUAAAUAUCAUACUAUAGGACACUUUAAACAUCACGACUCAUACGCUCCAAAUACACUGAUCCUGUAGGAGACACCCAACGCUGCUGUACGGAGCAAAUACAGAACAACGCGCCCAAAACGGAUCCUGGAUGUUUUCAGCUUUAGUCUCUGAUCAAUAAUAUAUCACAGAGACGAUCAGUUUGUGUCCAAGAAGACGACUGAAGCAUCGAGCGUUUGUGUCACCUGUCAAUCAAAUUUCAAUCACCUGUCAAUCACAGCAACAUAAAGAUAUUGAACACCUGCAGACAUCACUGAGGGCUAAAAUAACCCGCUAGUAUCCUGUGAUUACCUCUCUGUAUUUACUCUCUCUCUCUCUCUCUCCUUCUCUCCUUUCUUUUCAGUCGCUUCAGUCUGAGUACGUCCAGUACUAAAACUACAGCCCUGACCUGAGGACUCAUUACCCAUAAUCCCGCUGUGAGGGUGGCUCAAAGGGAAGCAGCAGAGUUCGGCUCAGUGACUGAAGAGACUCUGAGUACUGCGGUACUGUGUGUGUGUGUGUGUGUGUGUGUGUGUGUGUGUAAAUGAAGUGAAUGCUAACGAGCUCGAUGCUAACGUGUUGUUUUUGUAAAUAUGUCGUCACAUGAACACGCGUGUUCGGCUGAAACAGAAGAUUUAUUUCCAUAAAGAAGACAGAUUUUAUAUUUCUUAUUUGUGACGUAAAAAAAAAAAACUUAUUUUUGUUUGAAGACGUUUUUGAUAAACUGAAGGAUCGGCUGACGGCGCCUCUCCGUCGUCAUGGUAACAGUAUUUAAUUCCCACCUGCGAGACACAAGCAGCAGAUUUUAUUUUCUGAAAGACUUAAAUCUUUAAAAAAACAGCAAUAAUUACGACAGAAGAAGAAGAAGAAGAAGGGACCUUAAAUCUCAGGUGUGUGUGUUCGUAUGUGUGUGUGAGAGAGAGAGAGAGAGAGGGGCGGAGCCAGCAGCAGGGACCGCCCACUCAGCCUUAACGAAGCAGUUUGAUUGGUUGUUGAAACGUUUUGUGUGGCCUGAUGUCAGAGAGAUUUUUACAUCUAUUUUUGUAAUUUUAGGGGAGGGGCGGGGUCUGUAUCGAAGGGGGCGGGGCUUCCAGUGGAUAAUGAAGAAGCUAAAACACUAACUGUGUGUAACUCAGCCUCAGGUGGACGUGAAGACACACCUGAUUAUCUGUAGAACUUAAUUAACACGUGUUUAACGAACAGAGGGACCAUGAAGACGAAUGUUAUCAUCGUUUUAUCGUUUUUGUCGUUUCUGUCUCUGCGUCUCCACUCAGGUGAAGUUUUGGUAAAAACCCACAGCUGAUAUUUUUAACUGUAACAAACUCCCAACUGUUUAAUUACCGUAAAUCCUCUAAUACAGACCAAAGAGAUUUGAUUCGCAGGCUGGAUUACGAGGUCGGCAGAUGAGACUCAAAAUUCUUAGUUUAUACAAAGUUAACUUCGUAUUUCUGUUUUUUUUUUUUUCAUUUACAGAGGAAAGAGGAAUUAUUUGACCUGCCUCUUAUAAAAGCCCGGUACCUUCAGCAGUAGAAGUUAGUUCAGGUCCUGGUCUGUAUUUGAGGAUUGAGGGUAUGUCAUGGGGACCUUUGACCUCUGUUAGCCUGUCUAAAACCAGCACAGGUCAGUUUACGGCGGCCUGAUGGACGUCAGUUUCAAAGUCGAGUUUUAAGAGAAAAAGAAAAGAGAUUUUUAAUUUUUCUGCUAAUUUAAAGAAACUAAAGGACUUCAAAUGAAAGAGUUUAGUAGAUUUUUUCCUUUUAUUUCAUUUAUUAAUUUAGAGUUUUUGUUUGUUUUAUGAUUUCUUUGAAGACGAUGAGAAAUACAGAAAAUCCAGACUGCAGUCAUCUGAAUAAAUUCAAGAGUUUACUUUAGAUUUAGAUUUAAUGGAUUAAAAAAGGAUUAAUUAUUAACUUAAAGUGAUCAGAGUCAGUAUUAAAGUUUGAAGUAAAUAUACUUUUUGUUUAAAGGUUUAAAGAUUAAAAAACAAACUAAUUUAAGGACAGAAUCAAGUUGUUUUUAUAUAACACCAGCUGAUUGGCUGUCUGGAGGUCAGCGACCUGACCUAAACGCCCUGAUUGGCUGAAACGACAAACGCAGGUUGACUUUUUUUAUGUUUGUAUAAAAAUAUCUGACGGAUGUUUAAGUUUCUACCUCGUCUGAUGAAGGUUUCUGUUUCCUGUUCGCACUGAAAGAUUAAAAGUUUACCCGUCGGAAAAUCGUCACUGAUCUGUCUUUAAAUCGUGUUUAUAGGAAACUUAGCCGACCCUUUCAAAAUAAAAGCUGAAGGAGGAAGUUUGUCCUGUGUCGGUCUCUCUCAUUAACGUAAAUCCUCUCAGGCUGAAGUCACUGAAGUGCCUUUAAAGAGUUUAAUCGACUGUCCAAAUGUUUAUGAUAUCCACAACAUCAAAGGGCUUUUAUUUUGAAAGUCACCCCACACUUAAAUGAAGAACUUGAUUGUUUCAAGUCACUCUAUAUCCUGUCUGUGUUUUUAAAGAGCUACUGAAGUCUUUUAUGACGAGAAGAAAAGUUAGAAAAUCAUUAGUCGAUGUUUCUGAGUUUCUAUCUGAGCAAUAACAGAAAAUAAAAUCAUUAUUCUUCUCAA